GAAAACUUGUCAAAGGGGCAAACCAAAAUAGUUACGUCACCAUCCCAAAAUCAAUUAUACAAACCGUCAGCUUUUUAAUUACAAAGUCAUCAAAAUUCUGCUUUUCAACCAAGUUCAAAAAUGGCUUUUUUCGAAGUCCAUUAACAUGUCAAAAACCCUAAAUCUCAAAUUUCUUUUUCUCCGUGUUUAGUAUAAGGUCUAGAUAAUUAUUUUAUUUGUGAAUUUUUUGAAAUUUUUAGUGUGGUUGUUGAUGGAAUCGAGAGGAUCGUCGAAAUUGUUGGCGCCGGGGUUCAGAUUUCAUCCGACGGAUGAAGAAUUGGUUCGAUAUUAUCUCCGCCGUAAAAUCUAUGGAAGGGCUUUUAAGUCUGAUCUUAUAUCUGAGAUUGAUAUUUACAAGGUUGAACCAUGGGACCUUCCUGGCAUGUCAAGGUUGAAAACAAGAGAUUUGGAGUGGUACUUCUUUAGUGUUCUUGAUAAGAAGUAUGGUAAUGGAGCAAGGACCAACCGAGCGACAGAAAAAGGCUACUGGAAGACAACCGGAAAGGAUAGGGCUGUCCAUCGUAAUAAGUCUCAGGUUGUUGGGAUGAAGAAGACUCUAGUUUAUCACAGUGGUCGUGCUCCGAAGGGUCAGAGGACUAAUUGGGUGAUGCAUGAGUACAGACUGAUUGAUGAGGCGUUAGAUAGAGCUGGAAUUCCUCAGGAUGCAUUCGUUUUAUGCAGAGUUUUCCAGAAGAGUGGUGCAGGGCCGAAGAACGGGGAACAGUAUGGGGCACCUUUUAUAGAGGAGGAAUGGGAGGAUGAUGAUUUACAAGUGCUUCCGAAGGAUGAGACUGCUGAGGAAUUUGUAUUUGGUGAUGAUAUUUAUUUAGAUGCAAAGGAACUUGACCAGAUUCUUGGGACCGGCACAGCUGAGGCUGGUGCUGGUCUUCCUUUGGACUGUUCUUAUGGUGAAAAUGGAAGUACGGAGGAGACGAAUAACUCCUCUGAUACACAAAAUUGGCUGCAGCAACCUGAUGAGAUUAAACCAAUUGAUCUAGCUGUUAAACAGAAUUUUGAUGCCGAUCAAGUCAAUCAUGAAUAUAUUGGUGAAUCAAGCAAGAACAUGUACUCUGAAGAUGGGGAUUACUUGCUGAAUGAACCAAUUGUAAAUGGGACUGAUGACCUCCAAUUUAAUGGCGAAGCUUUCCUCGAAGCUAAUGAUCUUUCAAAUCCGGUUGAGGUUGACAGCUCUAAUUUCGACAUGCUUGAGGAAUACCUGACUUACUUUGAUGCAAAUGAUGACUUCCAGAAUAUGGGUUUUGAUCCUUCAGUUUUCUUUGGAAAUGAUGAUCAAAUUCUGGAUCAAGCACUGCUGGGUGAUAAGGAUAUUGGCGACGUAACUAAGCAACCUAUUGCGCCCAAUGAAGGGCUUGGUGAAGAUAAGAAUGGUUUUGCAUCGUCCUCUAAACUGGUACCAACUAAAUUUGGAUCAGAUUGCCAGUAUCCAUUUAUGAAGAAGGCAAGCCAGAUGUUGGGCAAUAUUCAUGCUCCUCCAGCAUUUGCUUCAGAGUUCCCUACAAAAGAUGCAAUUCUCCGUCUGAAUUCAUUGUCUAGUUCAGUGCAGGUCACUGCUGAUUUAAUUCAAAUUAGAGACAUGUCUGCUGCUGGCAAGCAUGGGGAUUACAACAUUAUCCUAUCUUUUGGCCUGUCACGGGGUAGUAGUGGUGACUCUGCCAUGGAAUCAUUUAAUAGCAUUCAUCCAGGAAAGACUACUUCGACGAUUUUCAAAGGCUGGUUCUAUUAUAUAUUUUUUUCGUUCCUAAUGCUUUUGAUGAGCGUCAGAAUUGGAACCAUAGUCUGUGCUAGUUAGGAUUUUCAGCACUAUAGUAGACUUGAUCAUACUGAAGCUCGAGGUGGAUGUUAUCACACAAAUACUCAGGUCUUUUAUUUGGAUCUCAAUUAAGACUUGAUACUGCAUAUGUGUAGGAGAAUAGUUCCGCCCUCCCCCCUUUUUUGCCUUUUUUUUUUGGGUGGUUUAGUUAUAUAAAAGUAGAGUGUUGCAAUCAAGUGAUUGGAUCAUAAUAAGAUUCCAGCUAUGAAGCUUUGAACAUGCUAUUUGCAACUGUUUGUGAAGUUUUAUUUGGAAGCAUGAAGGGGAAAUUUGCUGCGUCUAA